AUGGCGUCCAAACGCCCGCGACCUGCAGAGCCGGACCGCGCCGCCGGCGAGCGCCCAACGGUGACGCUGAAUGGCGGGGAGCCCUGCCCUGCCGGCCAGGUCAAUCUGUGGCGGGCGGGAAAGCUGUGUGAUGCGACGGUGCAUGCUGACGGCCGAGCCUUUCAGGUCCACCGCGCCGUGCUGGCGGGCGCGUCCGAGUUCAUGACCGCACUCUUCACGUCCGGCAUGCGCGACAGCGACGAGCCCACUAUCUCAGAGGUAGCGGGCGAUGUCUUCUCGGCACUUCUCGAGUGGAUCUACUGCGGUGAGUGCCGCGUCGAAGUUGCCCUGCUCGGCGGCAUGCUGGACGCGUCGAGCAGGCUGCAGCUGCCAUCGCUCCAGAACGCGACUGUUGAGGCCUUGGUCCAGGGCAUUGGCACAUCCAACGCCGCGCAGUAUUGGGAGUGCGGGGACGCCCACAACAUCCCUCGGCUCGUGGAGGCGGCCAAGGCCGCUGCUCUCCAGUCAUUUGGCGAGUUCUCGACGGGCGUGGCCUUCGACGCGCUCCCCGUUGGCCGCGUGUGCGAGCUGCUGAAGAGCGACGACCUGAUGGCCGACUCAGAGGAGGUUGUGUUCCGCGCCGCUGCGCGGUGGGCGGCGGCCAACUCAUCCGCCUCUGAAGAGGAGGUUGAGGCAGUCUACUCGCUAGUCAAGUACAGCCUUCUACCCGCCGCAUUCCUCUCAUCGGUGGUGGAGCAGGACCCGCCUCUGGCCACCCACCCGCGCGGCGGCUGGAUCGUGGCGCGGUCGCUCAAGGCACACAUCGAUCAGGCGCCGUCGCCGCGAGACCCGGGUCUGCCGACGGGGUGGUGGGCGGAGGAGCGCACGGCGAGCUCGGGCCGCGUGUACAAGGUGUACUACGGGCCCAACGGCGAGUACGCUGAGUCGGGGCGGAUUUCGCGCAACGGUUCGGUGAUUCUCAUGCAACAGGACGCGCUCAAGCCCGCUUCCAAGGGGAGGCCCCAGCGCUAG